AUGCUGCAAAAAAGGACUGAUGGUCUGGAAGCUGACGUGAACAGCCUGAAGAAAGAGAAUGAAGACUUGCAAAUGAGACUGAAUGCCACAAACGAGGAGACUGACAAGGGGAAAAAGAGUGCUGGUAAUGCUGCUCCUAAGAUCGCAUUCUCCACCUCGUUGUCGAAUUCUGGUUUUAUUUACGGAGGACCCAGCAAUGUCAAUCUCAAGCUGGUUUUCAAGAGGGUGAUCUCGAACAUUGGCAAUGGUUACAAUCCAGAUACAGGAAUCUUCACAGCAUCAGUAAAGGGUCUCUACUACUUUACCUUCACCACUGUAGGCUGCAAGAGUUAUGACAUCAGGGCCAUGUUAAUGAAGAAUGGUGCCCAUCAGGUUUCAACCAAUGAUCACCGUUCAACUGACAGCACAGACAGUAGCAGUAAUGCUGCUGCUCUGCCACUGGACGCUGGCGAUAAGGUGCACGUUCAACUAUCGGCGAACAGCAGAGUGUUUGAUAACCGGAAUGGAUACACAACCUUCAGUGGUUUUCUCCUCUUCUCUAUGUAG